AUGGUGCCUCGGCGAGAACCUGGCGAGUUGCGUCGUGUUUAUGCUUCCAUCAAGCGAUGCAGCGCGCGAGGCACCUGGCACUGGCUGGUUGAGUAUGAUGCCAAUAUCGCGAUAGACCUGCAUAGGUUAGGGCCGUUCUUGCGACAGCGCAGCCAGCAGGCCCUGGCUCCCAAGCUGAUCAAGUUGCAUCGCGUUAUGCUGAACUGGGGCUACCAUAAGGAGUGUCCUGGUGAUGCCUUUGAUUGCUUUGAGACAGAAGUGACCAGCAUGCUCACAGAACGGAUCCAGUAUGUAGCCUCUUCAAAAGAGAAUGUCGUCAGAUGGAAGGAACUUCUUGAAAAAAUGCACCUGGGCCAAUUGACGCAUGCUGGCCGGACGUACUCGCCGCCGGACUAUUAUGAAACAAACGUGAUAUUUCGCAACCUCAAGCACACUCGGGCCCACAAAGUGAGAGAUGCUUUUGAGAAGACGUUUCUCAAGUGCCAUGAGAUUCAGCGGGAUCAGUUUCUUCUGCCGUUUUUCCUUUGGCAGGACGAGCUGAACGAGCACACCAAGGCAGAGCCCAUUCACACCUUGGUGGAAGAGCUGGGGUACUGCAUGGUCGACACGCACAGCGAGGACAGCAGAUGUCCGCGCAUGAUCGUGCAUGUGGUGCUCUUGCAGUUGCAGAUAGACCGUGAGCUGAUCGAGAAAGCCCUUGAGGGCUCCAAGGUGGUCGCCAGUUUGCCUGGAAAGGAGCUGGAACGCUUGUUGAAGUACUUCCAAAAGGUCAAUCUCCAAGCAGGCGAAACCCUGAUGAAGGUGGGUGACGAAGUCAGUGAUGAUGAGCCAGGGCUAUUUGUGACGAAGAGUGGUCUCUUGGACGUGUACGUCCCGGAUGGUGAAGAAGAGAAGAAGGUCUUCACUUAUGAGAAGCGCGGGUCGGUGGUUGGUGAGUUGGCAGUACUUUUUCGUGCCCCUCGUGCUGCCACGGUUAAGGCACGCACAGAUGCCGUUCUUUGGAGCGUGGACCGAAAGUCCUUCGAGGCUUGUGGUGGUCGCUCCGAAGGCUCCAUGGCAAGGAUGAACCAGAACCCGGAUGCGCUGCUGGCAUCAGGGGCAGCUGCUGGUGUCGCUGCCGGCUUCAAUGCCCCCAUUGCGGGCAUCUUCUUCGCUUCCGAGGUGGUCAGACCAGCUGAUGACAACCAGUUGGACCUUACGACGAGGCUCUUGGCUGCUGCAGUGAGCGCUGCCGUCGUGCAGUCCUAUCUUCCGGGUGGACCAGCUAUCAAGACGAGUGAGUUCGCAUGGGAAGGGGGCAACAUUGAGCUAGUGUUCUUCCUCUUGCUGGGUGUGUCGACAGGCUUCAUGGCGUAUAGCUACAAGAAAAUUGCCGCACUUGCACGUGAUGUGGCAUCCUUUCUUGGCGAAAGUGGCUGGCCGACUAUUUUGCUACCAGUCGCAGGUGCUCUGAUGACUGUUGUGCUCUCCCUGGCGGUCAACUCCCGUGUGCAGUUCGAUGGCUUUGGGGCAGUUAACGAAGUGCUGAAAGACGCCUCGCAGCCGCUGACCCUGGCGAACACCGACCUUGGGCCGCUGCUGCAGGAGCGCGGCUCUACGGGUCUAUUUGGUGCAGCGACACUAUUGAUUCUGAUGGCAGUCAAAGUUGUGGCAACGACCUUCUCUUCCGCAACUGGUCUUGUGGGAGGUACGUUUGCUCCCUCCAUCUACAUCGGUGCAUGCUUGGGGGGCGCCCUUGGGCGACUUAUUGAGGGCUCCAUGAUGGCUCAUUCGGCCACCUCAACGUACAUUGUGGUGGGCAUGGCCUCAAUGCUUGCUGCGAACUGCAGCGUUCCUAUCACGUCUGUGGUUCUUGCGGUGGAGCUGGCAGGUGGUGCCAGUUACGAGGCCACGCUACCUCUAAUCACAGGGAUUGGCGUGGCACUUUAUGUCUCAGCGGUGCUGCUGCCGGCACUUCUGGAUGGCCUGGACCGAAAGUCGGCACUGACGAGGCAAGUGAUCUCGGUUGCUCAUGCAAG